UAUUCAUGACUCUGCCUGACUGACAGACAGCACACCGCUCCUGGAGAGCCUGACAGUGUUGUGAUUCAAUUACAAUCUCUAGUGUUCGCGAUCGCGGCGGCAGCGGCAGCAUUCACACAGCCAUGUCAAGCACAGAAGACGCGCCUUCCUUCUUUAAGAACAUGGGCUCCGGGAGCCCCAAGCCGCGGCAGAAAUUCUGCGGCAUGUUCUGUCCGGUGGAGGGCUCAACAGACAAUAAGACGCUGGAUUUCGGCUCCCUGACCGGUGGGCGAGGCGGGGAUGUGACCGGGGCCAGGAAUACCAACAGGGUCAUUGCUCAACAGAGAGACAUCUCGACUCUGGACCGCGGGAGGAAGGUGGAGAUCCGGAGCGGUUCGGGGAAGGAAGCUUUGCAGAAUCUCAAUGACCAGAGUGACCGGAUGUUGAUCAAAGGGGGUAGAAUCGUCAACGAUGACCAGUCCUUCUGCGCUGACAUCUACAUGGAAGAUGGGGUGAUCAAGCAAAUUGGGGAGAACCUGAUCGUCCCAGGCGGGGUGAGGACCAUCGAUGCCCACGGCCGCAUGGUGCUCCCGGGGGGGAUCGAUGUGCACACACGCUUUCAGAUGCCAGACCGGGGCAUGACUGCAGCUGACGACUUCUACCAGGGAACACGGGCAGCACUGGCGGGCGGCACCACGAUGAUCAUUGACCACGUGGUCCCGGAGCCCGGGGUGAGCCUGCUGACCGCGUUUGAGCAGUGGCGCGAGUGGGCGGACAGCAAGUCUUGCUGUGACUACUCCCUUCAUGUGGAUGUGACCGAGUGGCACAAAGGAGUGCAGGAGGAGAUGGAGGCUCUGGUCAAGGACCACGGUGUCAACUCUUUCCUGGUCUACAUGGCUUACAAGGAUGUGUUCCAGCUCUCUGACUCCCAGAUCUAUGAGGUGCUGAGUGUGAUUCGGGACCUGGGUGCGGUGGCACAGGUCCAUGCGGAGAACGGAGAUAUCAUCGCUGAGGAGCAGCGUCGAAUCCUGGAACUGGGGAUCACAGGACCAGAGGGACACGUGUUGAGCCGGCCAGAGGAGGUAGAGGCAGAGGCAGUGAACCGCUCUGUAACAAUCGCUAACCAGACCAACUGCCCGCUGUACAUCACCAAGGUAAUGAGCAAGAGCGCCGCUGACAUCAUUGCCCUCGCCAGGAAGAAAGGUUCUGUGGUUUACGGAGAGCCCAUCUCUGCCAGCCUGGGUACCGAUGGAUCGCACUACUGGAGCAAAAACUGGGCGAAAGCGGCUGCCUUCGUCACCUCUCCCCCGCUGAGCCCGGACCCCACCACCCCUGACUAUCUCAACUCCCUUCUGUCCUGCGGAGACCUGCAGGUGACUGGCAGUGCCCACUGCACCUUCAACACUGCCCAGCGCGCUGUGGGCAAGGACUGCUUCACCCUGAUCCCCGAGGGAACCAACGGGACAGAGGAGAGGCUCUCCCUCGUGUGGGACAAGGCCGUGGUGACGGGGAAGAUGGACGAGAACCAGUUUGUGGCCGUGACCAGCACCAACGCAGCCAAGAUCUUCAACCUCUACCCACGCAAGGGGCGCAUCGCUGUGGGCUCCGACGCAGACCUGGUGAUCUGGGACCCCGACUGCAUGAAGACCAUCUCUGCCAAGAACCACAACCUGGCGGUGGAGUACAAUAUCUUCGAGGGGACAGAGGUGCGCGGAGCCCCCCUGGUUGUGAUCAGCCAGGGGAAGAUGGUGCUGGAGGAGGGGACCCUGCACACCGUCGAGGGGACCGGCCGCUACAUCCCCCGCAAACCCUUCCCGGACUACGUGUACAAGAGGAUAAAGGCUCGCAGCAGGCUAGCUGAGCUGAGAGGGGUACCCCGCGGCCUGUACGACGGGCCGGUCUGCGAAGUCUCUGGGACCCCCAAAACCAUGACCCCUGCCUCCUCCACCAAGACCUCCCCUGCCAAGCAGCAGUCGGGCCAGUCAUUGCGCAACCUGCACCAGUCCGGGUUCAGCCUUUCCGGAGCCCAGGUCGACGACAACAUUCCCAGACGCACCACCCAGCGCAUUGUGGCUCCCCCGGGGGGGCGGGCCAACAUCACCAACCUUGGCUAAACCAGCUCCUAUUGGCCGACUGGGGGUGGAGAGGCGGGGUCCAGCCCUAGUCACUGUUGAGCCCGUGAUCCUCACUAUGAACAGACUGGCUCAACAGCACCCCCUAUCUCCCUUCCCUAAACCACCUUCCCACCCAACACAGACACCCACUAUCUCACAGUAAAGCCUCAUAAACACUAGACUGCAGUAUUAUUAUUAUUAUUAUUAUUAUUAUUAUUAUUAUUAUUAUUAUUAUUAUUAUUAUUAUUAUUAUUUAGGGUUUUAUACUGUGUUGCCUACCUGCCAUCUCCAUCGUUGUUUUUAAAAGGAAGAAUAAAGUGAAUUGACCCUGAGCUGUUGAUAAUAACAACAGGAAAACAGUGGGAGGAAUUCUGUAGACUUUUUUUUGUUCAGAAGUGUUCUCUUUUUUUUUUAAUGUCUUUAAUUCUCAUUUCAUCAUCGCUUGACAUUUCAAAAGGUAAAGUUGGGAGCUUGAUAGGAAAAAAUAUAUUCUUCUUCUGAUUUUGUUUUUUUGUUGUAAAACACUAAAACGGUGUCUCGAUGAAGUUAAAGAUCUCAGUCCUCAUUCAAAAAGGCUACAACACCGAGCCAUUAUUAUUAUUAUUAUUAUUUAAAUGCUAUUAGCCCAGCCCAGCCCAGCCCAGCCCAGCCUAGCCCAGCUCAUGGAGAGAGCAGAGGGGGCGAGGCACAGCAGAGGAGGUUCUGUGGUCUCAAUGUUCUCUGCAGGUGUUCUACCAAUAAAUGGAUUACGAAGAACAAUCCACUCAUAAAAUAAUAAUAAUAAUAAUAACUUCGCCUUUUUGUUAUCAUUUUUAAUAUGAUACUUUUAAAUACGUCUUAAUAUAAUACAGACGAGUGCACAGCCUUGCAGCGAGCGGGGUUUCAAACGCGUGAACGCGGCCAGAUGGAAAUGGGGGUGCGGAUUCCACGGUGGUGGGAUUUUACACCAGAUGUGUCUUAACAGUAUUACAUUCUUUGAAAAAAACCCCCACAAAUACAUGCAUUUGCGGGCUUGAGUUGCAGUCCUGACAGCUGUGCGUGUUUUAGUUUGAUGCGCGCAGUGAAUGCACAUGUUUUGUGGGAGGGGAAGCCGAUUCGCUGCGAGCUUUGGAAAGCUUUCCCGUGACGCGCAGCGCAGUAUUCUGCAGAUUCACUUCACUCUUCCUUUUUCCACACAUUGACGCUUUAGCUUUGUGACAUUUUCUUUCUUUAUUUUUGCAAUGCUGAAUUUGUACCCUGACAUUUCCACGGAGUCUCUGGGCAAUGCUUGUUUAAGAUCCUGUUCUUUGGAGACUUGAGGUAAUGUGUUACUUUUUCCAAACUUUUUUUUGGCUUGCUCGCUACCCUGGUAACAGUAGCGCUAGAACCACGGUUGUCAUAACAACUGGCCUGGCUCUAGUGUUUGUCAUGACAACGGAGCUGGAGCGGAAGUUGUCCUAGCAACAAGUUUAGGUUUGUAUUGCCAGAUUAACAGAUGAAUGAGAAGUGGAAAUGGCAAAUAAAGCUGGACCCCCCCCUCCUACACCAUCCUUCAACGGCAGAGUUUUUAUAACCCUUUCCCUGACAAGUUCUAUCCGUGCCAAAUACUGAAUCCAGCAGUUAUGGGAAUGCAAUUUAUUAAUUUUAAAAACCCAUUCAUUCAGUGAGAAGCAGACUCUUCUAUCCCAUCUCUGUUUUUUGCAGUCUGCAGUGCGCCCCCUUUUGCCCGCCCCUUUCCGCGCAGACUGGACGGUUCUCUGUAACCCGCCCCCCCUCACCGCUGAGACGGAUCCCUUUCCUCCUGAGCUCGCUGAGACAGGCUCCUAUAUUUCAUGCUAGUGUGUGGUGUAAGCUAUGUGCAGAACGAGAGACCUCGGUGUGUGUUUUUAAAACUGUUUUUAUUUUCAAUUUUAAAAGUGAAAAU